AAAUUAUUACAAAAAAACUGAAUAGAAUUUUAAAUGAUCAUGUAUUCCUGUACCCUUUAUUAAAAAUGUUUAAAACCAAUAUAUUUGCUCUGGCCGACUUCAGCAUAUAUACUCGAUAAAUUAUAAUCGAUACAAAAAACAACAUCAAAUCACAUUACUAAUUUGUUUGGCAAAAAUGUUGAUAUUUUUACGGAAGAGACGUUUUUAAAUUAAAUCCAAUUGUUAUAUUAACUUAAUGAAAUACGCGAACUACUCAAGAAUUGGAAAUGACGUCAACAAGUACAGAAAUCAACAAUCCAACGAAGUGUUUUUUGUGUCGACGGAAAAUCAUGUCAUCGCGGGAUCAAAAACUUCUCGAAAGCAGUAUAUGUCCAUCAUCGAAGAAAUCCUUCAAAGAUGUGUUGUCAUACUUAGCAAUGCAUGCAAAUACUGAACUACAUAUUUCACGAGGGGAGUACGUUUGUUCCAAAUGUCACUUGGAUGUAGUUGAUUACGAUACUUACCUUAUAAAAGCUCUCAAGAAGCAGCGAGCACUGCUCGGUUUAAUAGAAAAAGCUGCCAUGGAUAUUGACUCUGAUUUCGACAAUGAAUUCAAUUCAGAUAUGAGUGCUUUGGACGAGCUUACUGACGAUCAUUUUUUCGAUGAUGCGGAGAUAUCAGAUACCGAAAUAGCACAGACCAUAGAGGAUGCUAUGGGACAAAAGUCCGAAGACCCAUCUGCAAAUCUAGGUAGAAGAAAUCGUAAGAUGAAGUGUGAUUUCUGCGCAAUGCAGUUUCAUACUAAAUCUGGGUUAAAGAAACACAUAACAAAUGCUCAUAAAAAAUUUAGUUGUGAAAUAUGUAGCUACAGUCAUCGAAAUGAGGACUAUGUAAUGUUACACAUGAAUACACACGAUGGUCGAAAUGAAAACCAAUGUCGAUUUUGUGAAAAAGAAUUUUCUACAAAAAUUAGUACCAUUCGUCAUAUGGAAGUUCAUUACAAUUCCAAAAAGUACCAAUGUGAUAAGUGUGGACUUUGCUUCUCACAAACAACCGUACUGUACAAUCACAAAUUGCAACAUGAAGCUGAAGAACAACCACUUCAGUGUGAGGUAUGUUCACAAGUUUUCAAAACAAAGCGAACGUAUCGCCACCAUAUGAUUACACAUCGUGCAGAUCGCCCGCGUUACAAUUGUGAAUAUUGCCCGAAAACAUUUACUGAGAAAUAUACGCUUAAAGUUCACAAACGCACACAUCCAGAAGCGAUAGGAUCCAGCGAUGUUAAUCAAGGAAAAGAACAACUACAAAAUACACCGAAAGAAGCUGAGGUUCCAACGAAGUUACAAUCACAGGAAAUGAAAUUCAAUUGUAUAAUUUGCGAACAAAUAUUUACAGCAAAGGAUCACUUGAAUAAGCAUAUGGAAAAGGAACACGACGUUAUACUCAAGUCUUUGACAAUGAACAAUUUCUCUGAAUUUGAUGUGGUUGAUGAUGAAUCCAAGAAACCCUGCCAUAUAUGUGGGCAAUUGUUCAAUGCACAAGCGAACUUAGAUUACCACCUAAAAUAUGUACAUACAAGUACAUUUUAAAAAUAGAUGUUAGUAAACUUUAGUUGAUUAAGAAUAUUUUUAUAUUUUUAUUUAUAAAAUCAUGUAUCAUGUGUUUACUAUUAUAAAAAUAAAACAAAUCAAAAUUUACA